AUGGACUAUUCCUCAUGGGCUAGCCAUGAAGCUGCAAGUUACCUAUUGCAGGCAGUCCUGGGCACAACAGUGAUCCCAUUAUGUGGGCCUGGUGAAAUGGAGAACUGCACGACAGCACUAAUCCAGACAGAGAACAGUCCGCGUGUGGCUCAAGUUGGGAUAACUAGAUGCAAGCCAGAAAUGAAGGACUACUGCUUCCACGGACAGUGCGUCUAUAUAGUGGACCUGGAUGAGCACUACUGCAGAUGUGAUGUGGGCUUCUCUGGUGUCCGAUGCGUGCAUUCAGAACUGGUCAGACAACCCCUCAGUAAGGAGUACGUGGCACUGACAGUUAUCGUCGUUCUGCUUUUCCUCAUCGCCAUCUCUAUUGCAAGCUACUACAUCUGCAGAAGGUACCGAAGCAAGAAGAGACAAACGAACGCCAGCGAAUACAAGGAAGUUGGUGCCCUGUAGAAGAAACGGUGGCUUCCUACACUGUUCUGUUCAUCAGGAUGGACUCAGUGGCUUCCCAUCUAUUUAAAUGUUAUUUUUAUUAACAAUAUUUACAAUAUUUAUAUUCUCUUAAAAAUUUCAAUUGUUUGGUGAUCCAAUCAGCAUAGGUCAAGCAUUUUGUUUUCAGUGUUUUAUUUUUUUAUUAAAUAAUAUUUCCUAAUGAGAACCUCACCUAAGUGGUUCUGUGGGAUAGAGAUAUAUUUUUAUAAAAACUCGUCUUCUUACUCUGAAGAGUAAUUUUAUAUUUAUUCUUGUGAAUAUGCUCAAAACAAUUCUACUCCUUGAAAUAAAAGUUCUAGAUGAAG